GAUCGGUGAUCAUGGCCUUCUCGGCGCCGACCGCCUACCUGACCCACCAGCAGAAGGUGUUGCGGCUUUACAAGCGGGCGCUGCGCCAUCUCGAGUCCUGGACCGUCCACAGGGAUAAGUACCGCUACUUCGCCUGCUUGAUGAGAGCCCGGUUUGAGGAACACAAGAAUGAAAAGGACAUGGUGAAGGCUACGUGGCUCCUGCGGGAGGCAGAGGAGGAAUUCUGGUACCUUCAGUACCCGCAGCCGUACAUCUUCCCGGACUCUCCGGGGGGCACCUCCUAUGAGAGAUACGAGUGUUACAAGGUCCCUGAAUGGUGCUUAGAUAACUGGCAUCCUUCGGAGAAGGCAAUGUACCCGGAUUACUUUGCUAAGAGAGAGGAUUAUGUAAUAACCUGA